AUGCUGGGCGCGCGGUUCAAGUCAUGGAUGGAAGCGCAGCUGGGGCGGGCGCGGAAGCGGAAGAGCAAGCCGGCGCGAGCUCCGUCGCCCGCGCCGCUCACGGGCUCCGCGCCGCCCGCGCAGCUCUCGUCGCCCGAGAGCGCCUACAGCACGGGCUACUCCACGGACGGCACGUCGCCGGGGCUCGCGCCCGCUCCGCUCGCCGCUCCGCUCGUCGCUCCGCCGCCGCCGCCUACGCCACCCACCACGCACCUGUAUCACGAGCCUGCUAAGCGUCGGUCGAGUGUAACAGCGAGGAAGUACAUUCCGGAGCCCCAAGUGUGUGCUACGCCCUCCCCGCGGCCGCGAUGCCGGAUCCGGACGAACCCCUGGCUCGGCAAGACUUCGCCCAACGCAAGAAGGAAGGCUCCACACCUUCUUCAGCAGCAGUCUCUCCAGAUACCGCAACCACCGCCAGUACUGCACCACGCCCCCUAUUCCCUGGACUCGCAUGUUUUAUACAGUCAAAGGUCACCACGUCUGUCUUCUCACCUAUCUUCCCAUUUAUCUCCCCACUUGUCUCCAAAUUUGUCCCCCCACCGAACCCCGUACGUGUCCCCAAACAUAUCCCCACACAUUUCUCCAUACCGAUCCUUCAACUACAAAACAGGAGCGUCUAGUGAUGAAGACUAUCGCGCGUUAAGACGAGUGGGACCGAGGGGUCAGGAGACAGCGAUACUGUCUGACGCUGACGGGUACUCUGAUGGUGACACGGGGCUUGACGGAGGUGAUGAAGAUGAGCCGGACAGUACUUCUUCACCAGGAAGACGCAGGGCUAGGCGACGUAGACCGCCGCGAAGAGUGCCACGAUCUGCAGGCGCUACACCUCCGCGCUUGAGACGUCGCCACGCACCUUCGGCCCCGCCGGUUCGCGAGAGGGAUCCCCUGUUGGAGGCCGACCGAGAAGCAGAGAAGAAGUAUCGAGAGCUGAUACGAGAGGCUGAGAAGCUACUGGUGUCUGUUUCCCGGGCACCGCUCGAACCUCCGCACAACCCGCGGGUGGUAGAACUGAGGAAUACUGAGGUGGAUUGUCCCCGCCGAAGUCCAGAACGAACACACAUCACCAAUUUCAUCCGCGCGAAUUCCCCCGAGGCGUCACGCCGCCUCUCCCCUGCGCCCCGUCGCUCCCCCCUCGCGGCCCCGCCCUUCCCGCGGACGUUGCAACCCCCAUCACCAACGGAUAGACCGCACUCAGAACCCCCCAAGCGGAAAAUGUAUGCGAGAGAAGAGGUGUUACAAACACUAGAAGGUCUGCGUAAGAGUCUUCAGCAGCAAUCUGCAUUACUGGCAGUACAGCGUACGCGACUAGAUUCCCUCUAGCACGUUAUUUGAAUCCUCACUCAAAGAAAAGAGUGGAUUUAAAAUACUUAAAUUACAUAAGUGAGACUAUAUGAAGGGGGGCUCUAAGGUCCGAGUCAACACGUCCUUGCUAGAUAAUUGAACUGACAUCAAAUUGUCAAUGGCAUCUCGAAGUUGACAGGACUAAAUCUUGAUUAGCAGGGCUAAUGUCCACUGACUGUCCACGGGACUUUUAUAGAGAUUAUACAUUGUAAGUGAGAGACAGCGCGAAAAGACAAGAAAGAGAAAGAGACAGAUUUUGAAUGGAUCCGAUUCGGUGAGGAUCUUCUGAUAAUCUGUAUGUUCCGGUACAGACUCUGAAACUACUAGUUACUUAUUAGCACUGUGCCUAUGGCUGCAAAUAUAGCAAAGUGCAAUAUUGAUUCUGAUUCCUAUCUCUGCCAAACAUAGAUUUAGAUUAUUCUGUUAAUUCAUUUAUUAGUACGAGUAGAUAUUUAGAUGAUAUCAUAUCUUGGUAGUGUUUUUGUAUUUGGAUGCAAUUUUCGUCAAGGUUAAAUGUUGCAGUAUAAUAUCGUGUAGAAAUUAUUUUGUUGUUUAUAUGCAUAAGAAUGAGUAUGAUUGAGGAACACGUCUUAGAACUCAUGCUGUAGCAUUACAUGAGUUCAUUCAUGAUUUAAAUCUUCUUUUCCACUUCAGAAAGUCAGGAUCUCAUUUCCAUGAUAAUUCAGUUCAAUUAUUUUCAAAAAGGACAUUUAAAUUACUUUACUUUAUGUCAGAAUCUAGGGCGCACUGCAAAAAACGUAGGUACGUAAUGUGGUGAUGAAUAUAAACAAUCUGAAUUUUUAACAAUAAGUCUCAAUUUAAAACACGUGCACAUUAGGAAAAAUCAAACACAAUAAUACAAAAACUGUAGACUAAAAGAGAAACAUAAGAACUCAUAUCGAAGCGUCGCUUAUGAGCAAAAAAAUAAAUCGAAUUAAGAAACAUACGGAAAGAAACCCACAAAUCAAUCGAUAAUAAAAUGAUAGUGCCAAUUAAAUAUAAUUUUGGUGUAAGUACUAUAAAGGCAAUGGAGAUUGAAAAUUGCAGGCUACUCAGCUUUCCAUACGCCAUAUCUAAAUUAUUUUCAUCAAUAAUAUUGAACUCAACAGCACCAAAGAUCUAAAACAAUCAGCCAGUAGAACACGCGGAUUCCUCCAAGAUAUUCUACGUAUACCUUCGACCGCAUCCUGUUGAGCAAAUCAUUGAAAAAUAUAAGGAAUUUAUGAAACCAAUACAAAUGCAAUAUGCAAUAAUGGGGCAAAAAAAAAUUGAAAAAAGAGUUAUAAGAAGGUUAUAAUGCAUUCCAAGUUCCAACAAUUUACCUUGUUUAACAGUAACACAAUCCUUUCCUGCCAGCAUGCAAUGGAAAGAACUAUCUUGAAACUAAGAAAAAUUAACAAAACAAUAAAUGUUAUUAACAUUACGCCACAAAACAAAAUAUAUAGAUGCACUUGGACACGCUCUCAGAUUUAAUUUAAAAUGGACAGGUAUAUCUAUCCGGGCAAUAUAUCUAAAUUGUGGGAUGAAAGAUGGAUAUUAGAAGUAACUGGUAACAAUUGGAAUCGGAGUGACGAUAUAGAAAAAUCAAGGACAAAGAAAAAUGGAAACUUGGAAGAGGAGUUUUGCCUAAAAGGGGCUAUAGAAACAACCGAAUGGAACACAACUAAUCUUAAUUUUUUGGAAACUACAUUAACAAAACUAAAAUGCACACUAAUUAAAUAUAACAGAAACUAAUAUUGUAUGAAUUUAAAAAUCUUGAAUAAAUGUAAACAAUGGUUCAACAAAGGUUCAACUGAUGUUAGUGAACUAGUCCGUUCAUAUAAAAAAAGAAACAUUCCGACCAAGAAAGCAACCGUUAUGAACAGAACUUACACCAAUUAGUAUUCGGUCUACGCAGAUUACGUUCCCUAUUACGCAAUUAAUUUUCGUCCCCUAUUAGUAUCAAUAUCAACAAGUAAUGUGUAAGUAUUAAUUGUAAACUCAUUAAUAUUUUGAUUUCUUGCAAUAUUAUAUUUAAAUAUUGAAUGGGAAGUAAUUUAAAGGAAGUAUGAUAACAAUUUUAAUUCAAUUGCUACACCUGGUUUCUGAAUUUAAUUUUAACACAUUUUGAAUAAUCUUUACGUUGAUUAUCUACUGUUUAAUAUUUAUUUAAGCUGUUGACUUUGAAUUAUUUUAAAUUAGAUCCGGCUUUAAAGAUUGAAUCACAAUAUUUAACAUUGACGCAAAAUGUAGUACAUAUAGUUCUUCCAACUAUUCUAUUAAUCCCUCCAUAUUUAUGCUAGUCUAGUCAUCAUCUUAAGAUUGUAUCUGGUCUUGAGGGUAGUAUUAAACGUCAAGUUAAUUAUUCUUUUCAACUUGAGAGCUCGUAGCUCGAAACGUAGCUCAUAAGUUAUUCCUAGAGCUUGUAUGAAAUAUUGUUUUGUAAUGUAAAAUUAUAUUUAUGUUAAUUUCGUGCUCAAACUGAAAAUUAUCAUCAUUGAUGUUGUGUUGUAUUUGUUGAAUAAAUACUUACUAUUUGGUUUCCUAGGAUAUUGUGUUUGGUUAUAUAAUAUAGCAUAAACAUAGAGAUUUUAUUGUUACUGUCUCUAGGAAUAAUCAGAGCUUUAGUUUAGUGUUGUUAUCGUUUCGUACUAUAGGCGAGGCCUUGUUAAUUGUAUUAGUAUGCAGUUGUAGUAUUUAAUUCGUAGCGAGUUUAAGUAGCUAUUGGUGGUUUGUAGAAACUAUAAAAGUAUUUCUCAUGGGGAAAAAUAUGGCGCACUUUUAUAUUUCACCCUGUAUAUUACGAAGCUCGCUAUACGUAGGGGCAAUUUAUACUUGACUUUGUUAACUAUUAGUAAUUUAACUUGACAAUUUAUAUUAGUCCAUUGGUAUUAUAUAUUUAACGUUCUCUUAAAUUUCGAAUCGCAUAUAUAUUAUCUGAACGUUGAUUUAUUUUAUAGAUCCAAGUAAAUAUACCUAUACGAGUAUUUACGAAAGAAUUGAACUCCAUUCGGUCAGCUAUAAACUUUUUUCUCUCUCUCUCUGUGUUCUCCAAAUUCAUGGAGAGCAUUAUGAACUGCCAGCUCAAGGCUACUGAGAGGAAGACCGGUUUGUCAAAGAGCGAUAGUAUGGAUAUCGCCAUGGCUGGCAGCCAGCCUCUGGUAUUACAAAAAGAAUGAGUGGCGGUGAAUCCUUACCACUAAGUGAAUUGGAAGGACGUUUGUCGUAUUUUUUCCCUUAUUGAUUUGUAAUAGUUUUUAUUUCCGACCCUGUAUUCAAGGCUGUUUGGACAUGUCGUGAAAUUAUAUGUCAUUUGAAUAGAAUCGAGUGUUGCCGGCUGAAUAUCUACUACCCAUCUAAAUCCUAAUAAGAAAGUACUAGAAAGUGCCUUGCGGGACUCUCGCUUACACAUACAUUGCUAUGUUUGCUUGCAACGCCUCGGAUAUUGAAGGACUUGUCCAUCAAUGGUGUGUAAAAUGAUGGCAAUACAAAUAAAUUUUGAAUCUCAAUGUAAAAAAUGAUCGCCAUACAUUCUGCUUAAAAAUAUCAGUUAAAAAUACUUAUGGAUGAAAUGUUAUAUUUUGAUUGAUAUAGUUGUUGCAAGUCGUAGAAGAUUUUCCGUAGUUCCGUCAACGAUUCACGUAUUGUUUACGUCCGCCAUUUGUAUUAGUAUAAAUCGCGCGAAUAAAGAGUCUAUCAGCGAAACAGGGAUGGCAGAUAGAUGAUAUCACAUGUGCGAGUGAGAGGGAAUCAUUAGUGGUCGCAAUUUCUAGUACAUUCUUAUUAAGAUUUCUAUACUAGGACCCCAUUCAAUAGUACUUUUAUAACGGUAGAUGUCUUUUUGACAUAGUAUCCAAUAAAGGUUUUGGGACAUGGGGUAAGACUGCGUUUUUAUAUGUAUGAAUAUGAUAAUUUACAAUAAAUAUACAAAAUAUUAAUAUCUAUUCGUUAUAAUAAUAUUGUAAUCACACGAACGAUGUUUUUAAUUUAUUUGUCUCGCGGAAUUAUAUUUAAAUAAUAUUAUGUUGUUCUAUAAAUAAGAAUCAGAUAUUGAAAUCGCUCUAUCAAAUAAAAUAAGCAUUGUAAAAUCAAUAAUUUAUGUCAGUCAGAUGUUCCCGUAAAUUCUAGAUAAAACUCAGUUGAAACAAAACACCGCUAUCAUCGCAAACAUAUUAUUUUGUUGUUAGUAACAGUUGUGGUUUAUCAGAUUUUUUAUAAAAAUAAAUCUUAAUUUGAAUAUAAUUUAGAUAUCACGUACGUGUGGAGUGUUUUUUUAAAUGAACGAAGAGUAGAUAAUAUUGACAAUGAUAUGGAACGCGUUACGCUUACACGAUGGUCGCACUGAUGACGCUGUUUGAAUUAUUAAUAAUAAGAUGAAUAUUUUCUUAAUUAAACGAAAACAUAUUAUACAUAAUAUAGAUAUUACGUAGAUUUUGGCUGCCAAAUAUAAUCACUGGCAGUUAAAUAGCAUUUUAAACGAUAUUGAUGUCUGUUAUUCCACAAAUGCGUCUUUUGUAAGAAACUUCUUGGAGGUACAUUUUUACUUUUGAAUCCUUCAAGCAAGUAGAACAUAUCCAUCGUAAGGGUCUGGGCCAGCAUCGCAUCUGACUUCUGGUAUUGCGGCUGGUUUUAAAGGGAGGAAAACGGACAAGGAGCUCCUGUGAUGGAAAAAAUCCGGUAUAUAUAAUAUUAAAGGGAGGAAAACGGCCAAGACCCGCCUGUGAUGGAAAAAACCAGCCGCGAUACCAGAUGUGAGGGGUCAGAUGCGAUGCUGGCCCCGGCUCUUACGUUGGGAGUAUGUUGUAAGCUUGAAGGAUUCAAAAACGUAAAAUAUACCACAUAUAAGAGGCAAUUUUAUAAGUCUAGAUAGACUGUGGCAGCUGUGAACACGUCGAAAAAAAUAGCGACGAAAUGUUAAUCUCUAUUGUCAGCAACGCAUGCACACUAAAACAAAGUGAUUCACAAAUCGAGAGUGUAAGACGUAGCUUGUCAUGCACACGUUGUCUAACAGCACGAGGCUCCUUCUAGACUUAUAAAAUUAUCUAAGUAUAAAGGCUUAACAUAUGACCUCUUUCUCUGAGACUUGCAAUGUGUUGUGUACGCCCUUCAGAUUAUUCUAAAAAAAAUUAUUAUUUUUAUUAUUUUAUUAUAAUUAUUCUAAAAAACUUCUACUGCUAGCUACUAAAACCAUGUGAUAGUUUGAUUAUCAAAGGUCAGUUUAAAUUCCGCAAAUAUUACACCUAAUUCCGACAUAACAUUUUAUAACAAACCAUAACAUAACAUAGCACAACACAACAUCACUUAACAUAACAUAGCCCCUUAAUUUUUGUUAACACAUUCUGAUAUGAUUUUAGAUAAUAUUGAAUUUACGUGUAAUUUUAUUUGUGGAUAAAACAUAGUGUCUGAAGUAAUUAUAAUUUUAUAUUUAGAACAAAUCAAAAUGAAUCCGCUUAAAAACAUUGCUCGUGUGAGAAAGGUGCGUGUGUAUAUAAACAUUAUUACCCGGGCACCUUAUAUUUUGUUAGCGCAAUUUUAAACAUUACGAUGACGUGUUUUUUGUAGUUGAUUGUAAAUAUUUGUCAAGGGAUGCACUUAUAACAUCCUGUAUACACAGUGGAUCCCGUACUGUUUAUCAUAUUAAGUAUAAAUAAGAUUUAUACACUUAGUUGAAUUUUCAUUAAAAUAAUAUUAAUCAAA